AUGGAUAUUGAUGGCUUUGGAGUGCAAGAAGUCAAAAAUAAGAUUGAAAAUUUGAGAUCCACGUACAGUCAAGAACUGAACAAAAUUAAUGAUUCAAAGAGAUCAGGGGCUGUACUCAGUAAUGUGUAUACUUCAAACAUCAAGUGGCUGAAGGAAAUGGAAGAGGUGUUUAUUCACGAUCUGAAAAGAAAGACAUAUGAAAAUAUUAAUGAACCCAGCACUGAAGAUACCAUUGCACAAGAAAAUGACCACUCCGUGACCUUACAAUCCCGCGACACCGAAGCAAUUACUACAGCUGAUGUAACACAAACCAACGCCACAAAUUUACCUACAUCAGCUUCUACUAGCAGCGUUGGAAAUAGUUCACGUGCAAGGAAGAGGAGUAGCGAUAUUGUCAAAGCGGUUUCUGAUUUGAAAAGCUUACAUGAGCAAGUCAAUUCUGCCGAAGAAAACCCUCUUGACGUGUUUGGGAAGAGUGUUGCAUCGCAACUUCUCUGA